AUGACGGUGCUCAUCGGCGCUGCUCUCGUCAUCUUCCUUGUCGGCGCUGUCGUCGCCGCCCGCCGCGUCGCCAAGGUCCCCACGAUUCGGCUCGUGACGACCAAGCAGGCCCCCGAGCUGAUGCUCGGGAAAGGCAUGACGUGGCACCUCUUCAACAGCCACAUAUGGUCAACUGGUCAAGACGCUGUCGCGGUGAUCAAGAACGAGCUGCAGCAGCUUCUGCCCGGCAUCAAAGUUUUCCUUGACGUGGACGACCUUGAGGAUAUCGGCGCGCUGGAGAGCUACAUUGGCCGCUCGCAGGUCAUCCUCUUUUUCCUGUCCAAGGGAUACUUUCGGAGCAAGAACUGCCUGCGCGAGAUCCGCUCGUCGCUCGAGAAGGGCAAGCCAAUCAUCCUCGUGCAAGAGGCCGACCCAGCCAAGGGCGGCGGCUCGAUUGAGGCGUCAUCUUAUCGGCGAGGGUCCACUCCCGCCCCGCCGCAAGCGCGCUCAUCCAGGCAGCCCCGCCGCCUGCAGGAGCUGCGAGCCGAGUGCCCUGCGGAACUCCAGCCGGCCGUCUUCGACCAACUUUUCCCACUCGUCGUGUGGAUGCGUAUCGAGGAGUUCCAACUCGUCUCCCUCAAGAUGAUCUCCGAGGCGCGCGAAGCCGUCAUUGCGCCCACGCCUGCGGGGAAGCAUCAAACCCCUCUCUUCGCGCAGGCGCUGCUAGUGCAAACUCCGACCUACGCUGGCCUACGGUCGCUCCCGCUCACCAUCCCUGGCGAGGUGGUCCUUUGGGCCUCGCCCGCCAACCAAGGCGCGCGGCGCAUGGCGAACGAGCUUGCCGCGUCCUUCCCUGGCGUCGCUGUCGACAAUGCCGCGGAGAUGCCAGAGCGGGCGACCCACAUGCUGCUGUACCUGUGCGAGGAGAGCUGGUCAGACGAUCGUCUCGCGGAGCAGGUCAAGCAAGAGCUCAUCGCGGCCGGCCUCUACCGCGACCUCGCCAUCGCCUGCUUUUCGGGGCUGCACCGUCAGGCGCGGCCAGCACUCGGCAUCCACUCGCACUCACACUCCUCACGGGCCCUGCAAAGUCGCUCGAUGUCAAGCCGCGCCAUCACCCUCGGGCACGAUAGAACAGUCAUCGCGGAGGUUGUCGGAACUGGCUGCUCGGACGAGCUGGCCGAGUAUGUGGCGCGGGAGGCGAGGCGCGAGUACACCGAGGCGUCGCAGAUAUUCGAGCUUGUCGUGGCCUCGGUCGCGUACGAUAACAGCGGCGUGACGCACGUCGUGAACGGCCUCGUGGACCGUGCCGUGGCCUUUGUUCGCGCCAUCGCGACGCGCGAGCACGAGGACAGCGGCGGCGAUCCAGAGGCGCUCGCGGCGGCCGUCGACGCCUUUGUCCUCAAGACCUUCAGCACCAGCGACUACGCCGGCGGGUUCGCCGCCUUCGGGUCCGACCCCGACGCGGUGCGGGAUCUGCUCGCCGACAAGACGGAGGACCGGCUGCGCGAGAAGGUGGGCGAGCUCUGCCUGGAGGCGCUGUUGGCAGGCAGCCUGGCGGCAGCAGCGAUCGACGCGAAAGAGGAGGGGUGGGGCGUCGCUGGCGGAGAGGAGGAGGCGCUCGCCCGCUUCCUCGGCAUCGACUUUACCUUCUACUGCGAGCGGCGAGCGCUCACGCCGAACGUCGACGGCUUGUGGGGCACGCACACCCUCGCCGCACUCGACAUGGGCCUGUCCGUGGCGGAGUUCUCCUUCACCUCGCGGCUGCGCGCCGCCGCCCCCGCCGCCGCCGCGGACGCAGACGCGAUGCCGUGGUUCUCUGGCGACGCGGCCGGCCUCCCGCUGCGCGCCUCUACUGCGGCCGGCCUCCCGCUGCGCGCCUCGUCGAGCGGCACCACCUUCCAGAUCCUGACCAUCGCGCGCUACUUGGGCGUGCCGGCCGAGGAGAUGCCGCUGCUGCGGCUCGCCGCCGUCGCUUUCCUCUGCCCGCAGCACCACUCCUUCCUCGAGGUCAUGCUCGGCGCGAGUGAGUACUGCGGCGCCGGGCCGCUGGCCGCGGGUGCCGCUUGCUGGCGGCACCUGCUGCCGCGAGACUACUGCUUCCAACUGCCGGGCGGAGGGGCCGUCACCCGCGACUCGCUCAACGCCGAGAUCGAGGCAGAGAUGCGGGGUGUGGGCGACAUCAAGGACUUCAGGAUGAACAAGACCGUCGGCAACUACGCGUUCGCCUUCGACAAGUACCGCUCCGCGUGGCCGGCGCAAAGGCUCUCCGUCGACAACUUGGGCAAGAUCGCCGCGCGCUUCCGCAGCCUGGUCGCCUUCCCCGGCGCCUCCCCCGCCCCCCCAGAGGCGGAGAGGAGGGAGGUGGACGAGCGCGCGCAGCAGCAGCAGCAGCAGCAGCAGCAGGCGCUGCACGACAGCGCGCUGAGGAUCCAGGCAGGCUUCCGCGCUAGCCGCGAGCAGAAGGCGGCCUUGCGCGCGGGCAUGAAGAAGCGGUGUCCCGGGCCCAAGAGCGGGCGCAAGAGCGGGGCGCAGAGGACGAGCUGGGGCAGCUCUGCCAUCGACCGCAUCCCCACCGACAGCCAUACCAACACCAACAGCAGGCCAUCUGCGGCCGCUGGCGGGCGGGCAGGCGGGCGUCGCCCGAGCGAGCGAGCGAGCGAGCGAGAGUACGAGCCGUGAGCGGCCGAGACGCGCUCGUGACAUCGAUGUGAGCGUGAGGAGUGGAUCGGGCAACGUAUGGAUGAGGGCCGAGUCGGGACACCCGACUCUGGCGAGAGAGAUUGGGCUGUCCGGUGCGU